AUUUUGUGAUUGCAAUGAAAAAAAGUGCGGGUCGCAUUGAGUCGUAAACAAAAUUUAACACGAAAAUCACGUAAAUAUUCGAAAUAUUCAAGUAAAUUUGUAUGAAAAAUGAUCGCGAUGCAUUUAAGAAUAUAUGGCCAAUGAAGUUUUCAAGAAAAAUCAUAUGUAAUGGUGUGAAAAAAUAAAUGAAAAAUUUUGACGGUGUUUGCGAAAUAAGUGAAGAAGAAAGAGAAAAUUGUGUUGGAAGAAAAUUAUAAUACAGAGUCAUACAAAUUACAAAGUGUUUGUGCAAGGUGCAAAGUGAAAUUAGCCUACGGAAAGAAAAGCCCGCUUUGGAUUAGUCUAAGAAUUACAAAAAAUAUAACAAAAUUCAUUUUCGUGCAGCCAAAUUGUCGAAGGGCCAACGAGCAAAUUGGAAUAGAGAAGUUAAAUCCCACUACUGUAGCCGAAUCGAUUGAUUGUGGAAUACGGAAAAUAAGCUCGCCAAGCAACAGCAACAGCAACAAAAAUAUCAAUACAUACAUAACUCAACCGUUUAAUAAGCAAAAAGAAAUAUACAUAGAAUAAAGCAACAGGCCGAUUCGAUUUCAUAUGAAUUUGCAGCGGCUACUAUACCAAAACAUUCAACCACAAUAAUAUUCUUACCACCAAAACCAAUAAAAAUAACUCAACAACAAUCAAGAAGCAAGCAACUAACAAAUUAGCAGCAUUCAUCCCUUUGCAAUAUGAAAGCGAGUUCUGAGUGUGUCUAAAUCACAACGGCAUCAACGAAAAUGAAACGUCUAAUAGUAUUAUCAAAUAAUUAACCAUUAACCAGCUGAAGACACAGUAACAAAGUUGUUGGUUCAACUUUAGCUUGGCAAUAACUCACACACUCAGCACAAAAUCAUAAGAUCUCAUUGAAGUGUUCUUCCAAAGAGUCCUUCUGCUUAGAUUUUUGCCGAAAAUUGUUUGACGCGCAAUGAAUUCAAGUCAACCAACACAAGCGGCUCCCGGCAAUCGUAUAACAUUUACGAGUCAACAGCUACCCAAUGGUACCAUCAAUAUUGGGGGUGCACACGGCGGUUCCAUAAUAUCAACAUCACAAUUACCCAAUACGACGACAAUAAAGACAAUAACAUCCAGUGCCGCUGGACAACAGCAGCAGCAUCAUUCUUUACCACAACAGGUACAAGUCCAACAUCAUCAGGUUUUACAAUCAGCAGGUCAGCAACAGGGCAAUCCAGUUGGUGCUGGUGGCAAUCAGCAACCACAGCAAUCAGUAGGUGCCACACAAACGCAAACUUUAGUUAUAAAAUCUAAUCAUGCCGUUUCAUUACCGGCGGGUAUUGUCUCAAGUGCACCCGGAAUAGUAACUAUGACCAAGACCAUACAACAGGGUGGUCAGCCAAUUAUUAAUUCCAUGCUACCAGCUGGUGUAGUAGUCGGUAUGCGUCCUCCUGCUUCACAACAACAACCAAAGAAUGUCCAAGGUAAUACAAUGGGGAGAGUGGUCGUUGGAGGACCACAUAUGGUGGGAACGAGACCUCAAAGUCCGGCGAUUACACUAAGUACACUAACCCCGGGGCAAACGCCUGCACUCAUUUUGAAAACCGAAAAUGGAUAUCAAUUAUUGCGCGUAGGGGGUGCUACAUCUGGCCCGGUGACACAAACAAUUGGCACUAAUUCCACAAACCCAACACAAAUACGCUUGCAAACUGUUCCAGCUGCUUCAAUAUCAAAUACCUCUACGGCCAAUAGCAUUGUGGUAAAUUCAGUGGCAAAUUCCUCCAAUUCCCAGCCCACACAUGUGUACACAUCCCAGGCAAAUAUAUCGGCGUUAUCACAUCAACAGCAAACAACGACAAAUGUUGUCACAUCAAUGCAACACCAGCAGCAGCAACAAUCACAGCAGCAACAACAAUUCCAUACGCAGACGCAACAUUUGCAAAGUCAACCUCAAAUAACUCAAAUCCAAACAAUACCAGCGCAUCAAACUUCAUCCGGAGCCCACCUACAGCAAACAAAUCAACAGCAGCAACAUCAUACAACAACAAAUAACACAACAAUGAACAAUGUGAAUAGCGGCAACAGUGGCGGUGCUGGGACAACAACGACCACGACGCCACAAAGUGCAGCGGCCCAGGGUAAUACCAAAGAGAAGUGUCGAAAGUUUUUAGCCAAUCUUAUAGAUUUGUCAACGCGAGAGCCCAAACCAGUUGAGAAAAAUGUGCGCAAUCUAAUACAGGAGCUUGUAAAUGCCAACGUAGAACCCGAAGAGUUUUGUGAUCGUCUGGAAAGAUUACUGAAUGCCAGUCCCCAGCCCUGUUUAAUAGGAUUUCUAAAGAAAAGUUUGCCAUUGCUGCGGCAAGCGCUGUUUACAAAAGAAUUGGUAAUCGAAGGAAUAAAACCACCGCCGCAACAUGUUGUGGGAGGAAUUACCAUACAACAACAAUUGCCGAAAAUUCAAGCACAGAUCCGUCCCAUCAGUCAAAAUCAAACAACCACAAUUGGACAGACACAAGUGCGCAUGAUAAUACCUGCCUCGGCGUCAAGGCCCAUUGGUCAUACGACCAUAACAAAACAACCGACUAGCGGUAUACGUAUACAGGGACCCGCGAAUGGGCCACGUCUAAUAAAUACUCAAAUAAGAGGACCAAUGUCGCAACCAACAACGGCGCAACUGCAAACCCAAUCCUCACAUGCGAAUAUCGUCCAAAUACGUGCGCCCACAGCAACGCAAAUAAGUCGACCUGCCACGGUUCAAAUACGUACGUCUAAAGCAAAGAAUACAACGACACCCACGGCUAGUCCUGGUGCUGGCAUCACACAUGUCAAAGUGGGGCAGACGCAAAUUAAAGCUAUUUCAUCAUCGCCCUCACCUGCCAUUUCAUCACAACCACCAUCGUUGGCUGCCAUUUCCAAUAAUGUACCCACAGGCUCGUCGCUAUCAUCAUCAGCAUCGAUUCUCUCCACCAUCAAUUCGGUAGCUAGUAAUAGCGUGUGUAGUGUAUCAGGUCUGCCGAUACCUUCAUUACCCACCGUGCAAUUACCGCCAGCAGUGUUGGCUCAACAGCAACAACAACAGCAGCAAUUGCAGCUGAACUCGACACAUUCGUUGAUUAGCACAAAUACGUCGUCUUCGUCGUCCUUGGAUCACAUAAAGACGGAAAUCAAAGGCGGUAGCAUAGCCACAAUCAUCUCUGCACCCUCAACGCCCACUCAACAAGCUAACAAAGCCCCUGCCAAAACGUCUACAGCUUCUGUCAAUAAGGCAGCGGCGAAAAAGAAAAGAGAUUUAGCGGACAAAGAUCGAGAUGAAUUGAAAAUCAACAACACCACGUCGGCGGCAUCUAGUGCCGCCUCAUUUUUCCAGCAACCUUCCAUAUCAAUGUCCUCAUAUGGAGAUGAUGACAUCAACGAUGUUGCCGCAAUGGGUGGUGUCAAUUUGGCCGAGGAAACUCAGCGUAUCUUGGGUUGUACGGAAAACAUCGGCACGCAAAUACGUUCGUGUAAAGACGAAGUGUUUCUUCAUUUACCCGCCCUACAAGCACGCAUACGUGCCAUGGUAAUGGAACGUGGCCUGGAGGAACCAUCACAAGAUGUAGCUGUGCUAAUCUCUCAUGCGUGCCAAGAACGACUGAAAAAUAUUGUUGAAAAACUGGCGGUAAUAGCGGAACAUCGCAUUGAUGUAAUUAAAUUGGAUCCCCGUUAUGAAGUGACAAAGGAUGUCCGGGGACAAAUUAAGUUUUUAGAGGAACUCGAUAAGGCUGAACAAAAACGUCACGAAGAAUUGGAACGUGAAAUGCUUUUACGUGCAGCAAAAUCAAGAUCUAAAGUGGAAGAUCCCGAACAAGCAAAAAUGAAAGCGAGGGCUAAAGAAAUGCAACGUGCUGAAAUGGAAGAGCUAAGACAACGCGACGCCAAUAUGACAGCUCUGCAGGCCAUUGGUCCUCGAAAGAAAUUAAAAUUGGAUGGUGACGGGGCAAGUUCUGGUCUGGGUACUGGUGCAAGUAACGUUUUAGGAACAUCCGGAACACCACCGGCACCCUUAAGGCCGCGUAUCAAACGUGUCAAUUUACGUGACAUGCUUUUCUUUAUGGAACAAGAACGUGAAACGUGUCGAAGCCAAAUGUUGUAUAAGGCAUAUCUUAAGUGAUGCAUUAUUUUUAGAAUACACUGUAUAAAGAUGCAAACAAUGAUGUUCUACUGUUAUUUAUAUUUUUAACAUAACAAUAUAAAAAACACCUUUUCGGUUCUUGUCAUAUACAUAUAUUUAUAUAUUUUUCUACUAUACUUCCGAUUUUAAGAUCAGCGCUUCAAUUUUUGUUAUCUUGUUUUGUAAUUUUCUAUCUUUUGUAUUUCGUAUAUUGCUGAAAAAAAAAACAACCGCCCCUCUUCGAUUAUUAUUACCUUAAUUUUCUUUUCGUUUAGAAAAUCAAAUAUUGCUUCCAAUUGCGCGAGAAACUACUGCAACAACAAUACCAUGUAUAUGUAAUGUUUUGUGCUCCUCAAGGAUCUUUGUUUUUAUUUAACCACAAUAUAUAAGCAGACAAAAAACCUUAUUUUUAUAUUAGCAAUAUUUUCUUUUGUUUAACAAUUGAAUUUUUUAUUUCCGUUUUUUUUUAUUUAUUUUUUUUCACUAAAAGACUUUCUUUUGAAAAGUUUUUUUUUAGAUUCUAGUUUCCUUUCUCUAAUUUAGAGUAGCGUUGAUAUUCACUUAUGUUUUCUGAUAUAUUGUUAUUAAUUAAACAUCAACAACAGCAAAUAGUUAAACAAAGCCCCCCAGAGAACAUAACAUAAAGAAAUAAUCAUUGAAAAUAUAAUUCUUGUAAAAUAUGGCCUUAUAAUGUUAGAUUUGUAAAAUUUAUAAAUAUUUGUAAAUUAAAAACAAGCGAUUUUUAUAACAUUUCCUCAUUUAGUUUCAUUAUUUUUCCCAUUAAAAAAAGAAAACAUAGAAAACAAAAUUAAAAUGUAAAAUUUAUGAAAGAAAACAUAGAAUUGUGGUUACAAACCUUUAAACAAAUCCUAUAUCCUAUAUUGGGAUAAUAUAUUAAACAAAAAAAAUAA